AUGUCGGGCCACGACAAUCGCAGCGGUUUCCGUCCCUGUUGCGUUGCAGCAUGGCGGCUGGUUGGAAUUGCACCAGCUCUGACGAUGUCACUGAUCCUCGGCAUUGCCUCCAGCACUUUGUACCAUGGCUGGAUUAUGCCAGUGGGUUUUUGGCAGCACGGAAAGGUGGAGCUGUCCUUCUUUUGCCUUGAAGUGCUUUGCGUGCUCAUCAGCUACCUCACUGCUGUCCUUCGCGGCCCAGGCUUCGUGCGCCGUGGCUGGGAGCCCUCCAAGGAGGAGCUCUCGCAGCUGCUGGCAGCUGAAGCGGGCAACGAUUUGCCUCUCGACGCUGACGUGCCUGUCAACGAUUUGCUGCAGUGGUGCGCAAGCUGUAAGGGCUUCAAACCGCCCCGGGCACAUCACUGCUCAACUUGCGGUCGGUGUGUGUUGAGCAUGGAUCACCACUGCCCUUGGACCAACACCUGCGUGGGCCAAAUCAAUCUCAAGCCCUUUGUGCAGUUUGUCCAUUACGUGCCGUUGGCAACCUUCCACAGCUUCAUAGUGCACUCCGAGCUCCUCUAUUUGCUCGUUUGGGCAUGGCAACGGGCAAGGAGGGGCAGAGAUCUCUUGAAAGUAGUAAUGCAGCUGCACAUUGUGCUGGGCCUGGUCGCGUGGUUCGCAGCGCUGGCAGUGAUGCUCCUGGUCGGAACAUUGGCAUGGGAGAUGCAGCACACCGUGAAAACCAAUGUUACCAUGAUUGAGGAGUACGUCAUCGAGAAGGCCGAGGCACGCCGCCGCCGGGGCGGCGAGCGAAGAUUCGUGUUCCCCUAUGACUUGGGGAAGCAGAAUGCCGCUGCUGUUCUCGGCAAAGGCUACCUUUCCUGGCUGAUGCCUGGUGGCCCCACCCCAGGAGACCCGGUGUGGCCUGAACUGCGUCCAGGUUCAACGCACUUUGACAUUAGCACAGAGCAGAUUGCCCAGAAAACGGAGAAGCUGCAGAGGAGCGUGGUGAUGCCGGUGGAGCACCCCUUCUCCGGGGAAGGCCGGUGUUGUUUCACUUAUUGGUGUUGGGUCGGUUGCAGUUUCGGCUGCUGUGCUGUAUGCGACUGUGAGGCUUGCGGCGAGCACCGCCUCAGCGUUGCCGUGGGAGAGGCGGUGCUGGUCUCCAAGUCUGAGGGUAGCUGGGUGCAUGGUCAGCUGAUGAGUGCGAAAGAAGGCGAUCGCCCCCAGCCGCAAGGGCUGGGUGGCUGGCUGCCGCGGCAAUGCCUUAGCGACCGUUUGCGCGAGCAGUACGAGGUGCCCUUCCAGGCAUCUCUCCAAGGAUCCUGGGAGGCUGACGAUCGCGUAGUGGUGGUGAAGGGCUUGGUGGUCCACACCUCCUCCUCGCGCCGACCCUUUGUGCUGCGGGAGGAGGGAGGCACAGUCCAACUGCUGGGGUGCCUCUUGGAGUCGUGUGACGGGAAAGUGGCGAAGUGGUCCAAUGGCCAAGCCUGGAAGAAGCAGGAGUCCGCCAAAGACGGCGGGCAUUGGCCGGUCGAGGAUGAGGACGAAAUGCCGGUCCUGUUGGAGGAAAAGAAGGACAUUUGA